GUAGACCUUCAUCGAGGUCCCCUUCCCAUCCCUCUUUAAACUCUCGAUACCAAAGGGCAGAGAAUUGGCGAGCGAGUUUCCAUUCUUAUCUCAAUUAGAUUAGUCUUUAGAUAUACUGUGAAGAAAACUGAAGAUGCCAGUGGAAGUAGCGAAUGGCGUCGCGGAGAAUAUCACGCACCCCAACGGCGAUUUGAAAUCCCAAAACCCUAAUGGUGCCGCUAAGAAAUCGCGGGAGACCGAGCGGCGCAGGAGGCGGCGGAAGCAGAAGAAGAACAAGCAAAACGCCGCUGCUGGGGAUGAAAGCGACACUGCUGCAGAGGACGCCAACGGCACCGCCGAUGACGUGUCUAAAGAGAACUUCGAUCCUCAGAAGGCUCAAGAACUUGUAGAGGUUGAGUAUGUACCAGAAAAGGCAGAAUUAGAUGGCGUGUUGGAUGAAGAAUUCAGGAAGGUCUUCGAGAAAUUCAAUUUUAUGGAAAGUGGUGUUACUGAGGAGAACGAUAAGAAGGAUGCUGCUGCUCCUGACGCUGCCAAGAAGAAAGCUGACUCAGAUUCAGAAGAGGAGGAACAGGACACCCAGCAAAAAGAAAAAGGAGUCUCUAAUAAAAAGAAAAAGCUUCAACGGCGUAUGAAGAUUGCUGAACUGAAACAGAUUUGUACAAGACCUGAUGUUGUUGAGGUAUGGGAUGCCACUGCCGCUGAUCCAAAGCUGUUGGUAUAUCUGAAGUCAUAUCGAAAUACUGUUGCAGUACCACGACACUGGUGCCAGAAAAGGAAGUUUUUGCAGGAAAAAAGAGGUAUUGAAAAGCAACCUUUUCAACUUCCUGACUUUAUUGCUGCCACAGGAAUUGAGAAAAUUAGACAAGCAUACAUUGAGAAGGAGGACAGUAAAAAGUUGAAACAAAAACAACGCGAGAGGAUGCAGCCUAAAAUGGGAAAGAUGGACAUUGAUUAUCAGGUCCUCCAUGAUGCCUUCUUCAAGCAUCAGACUAAACCUAAAUUGACUACUCAUGGUGAUUUGUAUUACGAGGGCAAGGAAUUUGAGGUAAAACUGCGAGAAAUGAAACCAGGGACACUUUCACAGGAGUUAAAAGAGGCUCUUGGUAUGCCUGAAGGUGCCCCUCCUCCUUGGCUCAUCAAUAUGCAGAGGUAUGGUCCUCCACCAUCUUAUCCUCAUCUGAAGAUUCCGGGGCUGAAUGCCCCAAUUCCACCUGGAGCUAAGUUUGGCUAUGGGCAUGGAGAUUGGGGCAAACCACCUGUUGAUGAAUAUGGGCGCCCUCUCUAUGGAGAUGUUUUUGGUGUUUUGCAACAAGAACAGCCCAAUUAUGAUGAGGAACCAGUUGACAAGACAAAGCAUUGGGGUGACCUGGAGGAAGAGGAGGAGGAGGAGGAGGAAGAGGAAGUAGAAGAGGAAGAACAGAUGGAGGAAGCAGAAUUGGAGGAUGGCAUUCAAUCUGUUGACAGUCUUUCCAGCACUCCUACUGGCGUUGAAACUCCUGAUGUUAUUGAUCUUCGGAAGCAACAGAGGAAGGAACCUGAUAGGCCUCUCUAUCAAGUGCUUGAAGAAAAAGAAGAGAAGAUAGCACCUGGAACAUUGCUUGCACCAAGCCACACGUAUGUGAUCAACACUGGCACACAGGAUAAAACUGGUGCUAAAAGGGUUGAUUUGCUGAGAGGGCAGAAAUCAGAUAAAGUUGAUGUCACAUUAGCACCAGAAGAGUUGGAUGUCAUGGAGAAUGUUUUGCCUGCCAAGUACGAGGAAGCCAGAGAAGAAGAGAAAUUGCGCAAUCAGCGGGAAGAUUUCAGUGAUAUGGUUGCGGAGAAUGAGAAGAAGAGGAAACGAAAGAUGCAGGAAAAGGAGAGCAAAUCAAAGAAGAAGGAUUUCAAGUUUUAGGCAUGUUUUGGGUUUUAUUACUUGCAGCUGCUUUUGGGAGAUGUUAAGGGCUAAUGCUGCUGCUUGUACUGUCCAAUGUAAUUGUUGCUGCUAUACUUCACCAUGGAAAAUCAUGUACGACUGUGACCAUUGUCCUUUCCCGACUUUGAUCAUCAUACUAGAGCUGUGUGUUUGUUAGCAGGAUUCUUACUCAAUGAUGUACGAUUCAGUAUCUCGUAGUGGACUGGGCAUGGGCGUACCUAUGCCUUUUGUCAUUGUCUUUUGUUUUAUAUAUAUAUUCUCAUUUGGGGAAAUGAAAAUCUUCUCCCUA